UGCGGAGGAGGGAAAGAAAAAGGGCGGAGAAGGGAGUGCGUGGAUGCGAUGUGCGUGCGUGGGUUCCUUCUAAGCAUCCACACUGCGGUCCUCCGCUCCGGAGGACACCGACUACACAUCCCGGACGGUACCGGGUGGUCCGCACUCUUUUGUGAUAUCGAGCUAGUGCGGAUUAUUAACGGACUUGAUGACGUCAGCGGCUGUGAGUGACGCAACAGCCCGCCGGUUGUCAUUUUGUGGCGAUCGACAUGAAACAUUGUCACUUCAAAGCACGCGUUUGUACCCACGGUUCCCGAUGUUGAACAUGUCCACCCCCAGCGAGCUGAAGUCUCCCUGCGUGACUCGCAACGGGAUGGUGAAGUUGCCCCCCAGCCAGCCCAACGGUCUGGGCAGCGCCAGCAUCACCAAAGGCACCCCUGCUGCCAAGAACCGUCUGUGCCAGUCCUCUUCAGUGCCCUCCAUUUUGCCUCCCCCGCCAUCCUCCCUACCCUACCACCACCACCACCACCUGGACAGCGGGGUCAUGCCACAUUCGGCGGCCUCUAUUCUGGGGUCCGACCUGGAACCCGGGAAGCAGCUGUUAGGGCUGAAGAGCCUCCGUCAACUACCCCCUCUCACUUUGCCCAAACCCAUCCUGUUGGAGCGACAGAUGGUCCUGGACGAGAAGCUGCUAAACCGACUGCUCUGGUACUUCACCACGGCUGAAAAGUGCGUGUUGACGCAGGUAUGCAAGACAUGGCGCAGAGUGCUGUACCAGCCAAAGUUCUGGGAGGGUGUGACACCCAUACUGCACGCCAAGGAGCUUUACACCCUGUUGCCCAACGGAGAGAAGGAGUUUGUCAGUCUUCAGGCCUUCGCCCUGCGUGGCUUCCAGGCGUUUUGCUUAGUGGGCGUGUCAGACCUGGACAUUUGCGAGUUCAUCGACAACUACCCGCUCUCCAAGAAGGGCGUACGCUCCGUCAGCCUCAAGAGGUCCACCAUCACGGACGCUGGUUUGGAGGUCAUGCUGGAGCAAAUGCAGGGUCUGAUGCACCUUGAGCUGUCCGGAUGCAACGACUUCACGGAGGCCGGCCUGUGGUCCAGUUUAAACGCGCGCUUGACGUCGCUCAGUGUCAGCGACUGCAUCAACGUGGCGGAUGACGCCAUUGCCGCCAUCUCGCAGCUUCUGCCCAACCUAUCGGAGCUGAGCCUGCAGGCCUACCACGUGACGGACACGGCCAUGGCCUACUUCACAGCCAAACAGGGCUACACCACGCACACUCUGCGGCUCCACUCGUGCUGGGAGAUCACCAAUCACGGCGUGGUGAAUAUGGUGCACAGCCUCCCCAACCUGACGGCACUCAGCCUGUCCGGGUGCUCCAAAAUCACCGACGACGGCGUGGAGCUGGUGGCGGAGAACCUGCGGAAGCUACGCAGCUUGGACUUGUCCUGGUGCCCCCGGAUCACUGACAUGGCCCUGGAGUACAUCGCCUGUGACUUGCAUAAAUUGGAAGAACUGGUGCUUGACAGAUGUGUACGGGUCACAGACACAGGCUUGGGUUAUUUGUCGACAAUGUCUUCAUUGCGGAGCCUCUAUCUGCGCUGGUGCUGUCAGGUGCAAGAUUUUGGACUGCAGCAUUUAUUCGGAAUGAGGAGUCUUCGUCUUCUCUCUCUAGCAGGUUGCCCCCUGCUGACCACCACGGGCCUGUCAGGGGUCAUCCAGCUGCAGGACCUGGAGGAGCUGGAGCUGACCAACUGCCCGGGAGCCACCGCCGAGCUCUUCAAGUACUUCUCGCAACACCUGCCGCACUGCAUGGUCAUCGAAUAGGACCCCACCCACCCUCCACCCCUUGGCGGCCAACUGCAAUACUUCCACCUUCCUCUUCUCUACUCUUCCUUCCUCUUUGUAUAAAACGCCAGCCGGGAUACAGAACGGCGUUCGUCAUCACCCUCGACCGUCUUCCUCCACACCCCCCCCCCCCCCUAUCCAGCAGGCGGGAGGCUGAUUCAAGGCCGGACGGCGUUCGAUGUCGAGGAGGCUGCAGGAGCCCGGGGUCCUUGUGACGUCUUGUCUGGCCCCCGGAGGAGCUUGGAUGAUACAACUCUUAGCAGGUUGGAUUCUCAAGGUUGGAGGAACUCAAACCAGGACUUUUGUGUUACGGUGGAAGUCACACACACACACACACACACACACACACACACACACACGUGUUUACACACUUUGACCGCACUCACAUGCAUACUGUGUGUGAUCAUACUACUAACUCUUAUUUCUUCAUCGCUCUGUAUUAUAUAUAUUCUUUUUCUCCACGCUUCAGUGUUCAGACACAAACCGGACGGAACUCUUAUUUUGGUGAACCUUUUUUGGGGAUCCUGGGAUUCCGGAAGUAAAAAGAAAAACCACGACAUUUUUCAAAAAACUACUGUUUACAUCAGGGGUGUCCAAACUUUUUCCACCGAGGGCUGAUGCAUUUUGUACAUUAAAACAUACAUUUCAAAAUAAAAAAGGGACGUUUCUCCGAAAACAAGGGUGGGGGACACACACAUUCCCCAAGAGCGGGGGGAGGAGACUGCCUACUGCGGUGCUUUUAUUUUGGAGGCCGGACUUUAUAAGCUGCAGGAUGUGUUGCCGAGUGGACAAAAUGUGAAAGUUAAAAUGCGAUAAGGGCAAAAAAGGUGAGAUUUUUACGGAGCCCCUAAAGGGACAUGGGGGAAAAAAAACGUUUAUAAUUUUUUUUUUUUAGACAUGUAUCUGUUGCACACCAGAAACUCUCGUGCG